AUGGAGCCACAAGGAAAUGACGGACCUGAUGGCUCCUCCAUCAAACCCGUGUCGUCCCUCCUCGCGCGAUUCGAAAACCUCAACCAGUCUGCUCCUCUUGCACCACCUCAGAAUGCGCCGUCGAGACCAAUUUCUCCAGCUCCCAAGCCUGAAAGAUUACGAGCUUUCAAGACAUCUCAGGAACCAACGCCCUCCGUAACGCCGGCUCCAGCUCUCGCAACUCCCAUCGCCGCCGCGCCGCCAAAGACGCCAGUUAAACCUGCGGCGAAGCCCAUAGCUCUCCAAGCUGCUGCAGAACCAAGUACUCCGCGCGAUGCAUCUCCUGCGAUAUCACACCCGGGUACACGCCCUCCAGCAGCCGCCAGCAAGAUAUCCGCUUCAGCUAUGCCCCCGCCGCCGGCGCUCAAGGUCCUGCCACCUCAAUCUCCGCCCAAAAUUCCAGCGUCAGCUAUGAUAUCGGGCGACCAGUCCCCAUUCUUGGAUCCCACGACUGCUGCUUCACACGAGCUCCCCAGCGGUUCGCCAACACCAAUCAAGCUACCCAGUCGACCUAUAACGCCAAUACACCCCCCCUCUGCUCCCCGAUCACCUCGACUUGCCUCGUCACGGCCUCCAUCACCACCUCCACCACGACGCUCGGGCGAAAUGCGGCGAGAACCCAAACAACCCCCUCCACCACCAGCUCCUCGGCUUGACAAGUCCAGGAAGCCUACGCCAGUCUCAUCGAGCCUUCCAGAUACGCGCAAGAUUAGCACUUCUAGCAAAGGCAACAUUGUGGACGAGACGUCGCCUUUUAACAGCCCGCCAGUUAGUCCCGAGAAAACCGACGAAGAUGAGAGUCCGCCCCUACUACCAGUCCGGCCAAGGGCGGAAGCAAACACGGUCGUGGUAUCUAGAUCUCGACCAGGUGCAGGAGGGUUUGAGCCUCCGCCAGUCCAUCAUUCCAUUGCGGGCAGGAGAGUUGAGCGGGAAACCAGCGUAAACGGAACCGCCAAACCAUCUCUCAUAGCGCAACGGACCGGGGAUCUCCGUUUUGCUCACUCACCCAAGCGAUCAACCAGCGACCUGACAGCCAUGACCUACAGCGGCAACAGCUCCAGCGCAGACAUGCCUCCUCCAAAACCUCCUAGACCAACUCAACAACGAACUGCGACAACUCCCGAGGUCAUGUCUUCGUCUGCCCCAGCCGCCCGACCGCCGAUACAACAGCCAUUGACCACUCACCAGUUUCCGGCGCCACCUACGCGGAAUCUUGCUCCCAUGAAGGCUGUUGAGAAGCCAGCCGAAAGGGAGAUUGCUGACUCGCGAGCCCUCGCUCUGCCUCCACCAGCAACGUCUACCAGUCGCUCUACGCCAAGAAGCAAUUCGCCCGAGCUUGCGGCAAGUACAGAGCCGGCGGCACACGUUACGGCGUUUCCGGAUUGUGCAAAUGUCAAUAGACGACCACCCUUUGUGAAGAAGGGUUGCUAUGAAAUACAAACAAAAUAUGACCCCAGGAUAUUCGACGCCUGUGGAGAUUUGGUCUGUACCAGUGGCCACUUGACCCGUGUCUGGAGUAUUCUGGACGGAGAGCAACUUAUGAGUCUGGCUCACACCGAAGGAAUAAAGGCAACUGCAGUUUCAUUCAAGCCAGCGGCGGAUCCAGACCACGAAGGAUCUUUCUUGUGGAUUGGCACCAAUGUCGGUGAGCUCAUGGAGGUUGAAAUUGCCACCCAGCGGAUUACGGAACUCAGGACCGGUGUGCAUGGCAAGGCUGAAAUUACCAGAAUAUAUCGACACUUCAACGAACUUUGGACACUGGACGAGGGAGGUACCUUGAAUCUCUGGCCUCCGGAUAGCGAUGGUGUGCCAAACCUCAACAGCCAUCCUAUCAUCCAGCCGAGCAGAUUACCAAAAGGCGCCACGUUCUCCAUGGUGGUUGGUAGUGAACUGUGGCACGCAACUGGCAAAGCAAUUCGGGUGUUUGCCCCUUCUGCUGACGGUGCCAAGCCGUUUCAAGUCUUGGUCCGACCUUUGAGUGCCGAGGGUUGUGGAGAAGUGAGUGCUGGCACUCUGCUCAGUUCAACGCCCGGAAAGGUGUACUUUGGUCAUAUGGACGGGAAGGUGAGCAUCUUUUCGACAUCCGACUACUCUUGUCAAACGAUCUUGAAUGUUAGUGCCUGGAAGAUCAAUGGACUCGCCGGCGUAGGCCAUAAUAUUUGGGCUGCCUACAACACGGGAAAGAUGUGCGUAUACGACGCUACCCAGCAGCCUUGGACCUUAAAGAAGGAAUGGCAGGCGCACGACCAGUCAGUUUUGAGCAUGAAGCUGGAUCCCUCAGGCGCGUAUCGCAUGGACAGGCUGCAGGUUGCGUCUCUCGGCCCAGAUAACAAGGUCAAAAUAUGGGACGGUCUGCUGCAGGAUACGUGGCUGGAGGACGACCUCAAAUCCAAAGAUAUCGAUUACUGCGAUUUUGAAGAACUCACGGCCAUGGUUUUCACCUGGAACGCCGGGGCCUCAACUCCCCACAGCCUGCGGUACUCGAAAGGCGAUGGCGAUGCUACAUUCUUCCCGAAUCUCUUGCAGUCGAGCGGGUCACCAGAUAUUUUGAUUUUUGGAUUCCAAGAACUGGUUGAUCUGGAAGACAAGACGGCCACAGCGAAGCGGCUACUCAAGUCCAAAAAGAAGGAAGGGUCUGAGCAAGAACGCAUGAGCCACCAAUACCGCGACUGGAGAGACUUUUUGCUCAAGACACUUGACGACUAUAUGCCUGGUGACCACCUGUACCACCUCCUUCAAUCGUCACCAUUGGUGGGAUUGUUUACGUGCGUGUUUGUGAAGUCGACUAUUAGGGACAGAAUCCGAAACUUGAACGCCGCAGAGGUCAAGCGAGGCAUGGGCGGUCUGCAUGGGAACAAGGGAGCUGUCGCGAUUCGAUUUCGGAUAGACGAUACAUCACUCUGUUUUGUCAACUGCCAUUUAGCAGCCGGACAGUCACAGGCGAACUCGCGCCACGCCGAUAUUGCUGCAAUCCUUGAGGCGAAUUUGUUUCCUACCGAACGAGAUCCAGACACUCGGCUAGACACAUUUACUGGCGGAGGCGAUGGAUCCCUGAUUCUAGAUCAUGAGCUUUGUAUUCUGAAUGGGGAUUUCAACUACCGUAUUGAUACCAUGUCUCGAGACACUGUGGUCAAGGCAGUCAAACAGCAGCAACUCACUAAACUGCUUGACCGCGAUCAGCUCUUGGUGGCGCGUCGUCGGAACGCCGCAUUUCGGCUACGAGCGUUUGAGGAGCUGCCCAUCACAUUUUCACCCACUUACAAGUACGAUGUUGGGACCGACACCUAUGACACGAGCGAGAAGAGACGAAGUCCGGCAUGGUGUGACCGGCUAUUGUUCCGUGGACAGGGUCGGGUACGUCAACUGGAUUACAGACGGCAUGAGGUUCGGGCUAGCGAUCAUCGACCUGUAACAGGGAGUUUCCGACUCUGGGUGAAGAAGGUCGAUGCUAGAGGGCGAGCAAAGGCUUGGAUGGAAAGUCAGGAGCGAUUUGAGAAUGUGCGGUCGCAAGUUAUAGCUAAUGAGACGGUGGCAUAUCUUCGACAUACUUGUGGAUUUGACCAGGCCACAAGCAAGGCGCUAGUAAAGGAGAGAUCAUCACGAAAGAUACACCGGAGUCCGAGUAGGACCAAGACGGGCGGUUAUUAG